UAUUUUUUUAAUAUUUAAGACCAACUUCAUAUUGUCGUUCAAGUUUCGCCAAAAGCUUCAUAUAUGGGCAACGGUUUUGUCUAUUUUAUUUUCAUGCAAAUAAGGUCUUUUUUUACUGCGGAUUGCUAUUGUUUAUUAAAUCAUGACAGUUAGUUGUUAACUGGUAAAUUUGAGCUGUCAAGUAUUUUAUUUCUAAAUUUUGUUUUGAAAUUUAUUUACAAUGGCUGGGAGAAAAGGAAAAAGAAAUUUAAAACUCCAAGUCUCUGAGGAGGCUCCUGUAAAUAUUGCGCCACCAAGAAAUCUUGAUAAACGCACGACAAUAACAAUAGAAGAUAAAACUUUUGAAGUUGAAGCUGAUGAUCUUGAGACAAUAUGCAUGCUUGGUAGAGGUGCUUAUGGUAUUGUUGAUAAAGUCAAACACAAACAAAGUGGUACUAUUAUGGCUGUAAAGAGAAUAACAGCAACAGUGAAUAAUCAAGAACAAAAAAGACUUGUAAUGGAUCUAGACAUUUCAAUGCGAAGUUCCGACUGUCCUUACACUGUACAAUUUUACGGCGCGCUAUUUCGUGAAGGCGACGUUUGGAUUUGCAUGGAAGUAAUGGACAUGAGUCUAGAUAAAUUUUAUGUAAAGGCAUACAAAAAUGGAUGCUCAAUACCUGAAGAUAUAUUAGGAAAAAUAGCACUCUCCGUUGUCAGUGCGCUACACUAUCUUUAUUCACAACUCAGAGUAAUUCAUAGAGAUGUAAAACCUAGUAACAUAUUAAUUAAUCGAAAAGGCGAAGUUAAGAUCUGUGAUUUCGGUAUUUCCGGUUAUCUUGUAGAUUCGGUAGCAAAAACUAUCGACGCUGGUUGCAAACCAUACAUGGCUCCAGAAAGGAUAGACCCAUCGGGCAAUCCAUCUCACUACGAUAUAAGAUCAGACGUCUGGUCAUUGGGAAUUUCUCUUGUGGAAUUGGCCACCGGAAGAUUUCCAUACGAGUCAUGGGGAACGCCUUUCGAACAACUUAAACAAGUCGUUAAAGACGACCCGCCAAAACUGCCACCAGGAAAAUUUUCCGAACCCUUCGAGGAAUUAAUAACUAAGUGUUUAAUGAAAGACUUCACUGCCCGUCCCAACUACAGUCAAUUACUCGAGCUGACGUUCAUUGAGGAACAUUCGAAAAAAGAUACCGAUGUCGCUGGGUUCGUUGAAAAAAUUUUGAACCUACCAGAUCCCGAGCAACCUUAAUAAUUUAACUAAAACAUGUACGUAAAAUUUUUUGCGUCAUCGCAUGCAUCUCCUAAUAUUUAGUCAUUUGAUUUUUAUAAUCAUUGUCAUUUAACAUGACGCUCAGUAAUAGUUAUAUAAGUACUUUAAAUAUUAAUAAUUCUACGGCAUUAUGUCUAGUAUAUUUGUUAAAAAAAAAAAAGAAACAAAUGCUGAUUUAAAAAUUAAAAUUUCAUUUUUGUAAAAUUAAAAUUUUUUAAUCUAUUUAAUUAAUAAU